GCGCCGGAACUCGUUGCGAGGGCCAGCAGCUCGGGGCUGGGGUCGUCGCGAGUCCGCUAGGUCGCGCUGCUAUUCCAGCUGUGCUAUUCGCGCUGCUAUUCCAGCUGUGCUAUUCGCGCUAGUCGCUGCUCACGAUUGAGUAUGCAAGUCGACGUCAACUUUGCUCCGCCGAGCUUCCCGUCGUCCACGCAGCCCAUCGCGCUGAGCCGCGUCCACUCCGUCACUCGCGCCUCUGUUGCGAUGGGCGAGGCGGACGUCGCGAGAGUGGUGCAGCAGGUGGAGGAGCUAUUGGUAUCCGGCUUCGAGCGCGGCGUGCCGGCUCUGCAGCGCGAGGCGCACCAGGCGGACGGCUUCCUUCCCAUCGCCUCCCUCCUCCACUACUCUCCUCUCGGCCCCGCGGUGUGGCCCUUCGGGGGUGUCGGCGUCGUGGCCGACUGCCUGCGCGCUCGCGGCUCGAUGGUGGUCGAGCUGUCGGGCGACGGCUCCGCGGUCCGCAAGAUGCCGCUCCGAGUGCAGCUGCGCAACCAGCUCGAGUUCCUCUUUUCGGACAACAAUUACCACCGCGACCUGCACCUGCAGCUGCUGCAGGACGAGGAGGGGUACGCGCCCCUCGACCAGGUGGUUCGGUCGUACGCGCAGCUCUCGCAGCUCGUCGACGCCGCGCGCGGGCCGGCGGCGCGCCGGGCGGCGCUCGUGCGCGAGGCCGUCUCGUCGUCGGCGGAGCUGGUGCUGCAGGGCGAGGAGGAGGGGGGGAGGCACGACGGCGGCGGCAAGGCACCUAUCGGAGGGCAGCUUCGCCGCAUGACGCUGCUCGAGAAGAUCUGCACGCAGGUGGAGUGGUACCUGACGCGGCGCGACGUGGCGGGAGACGGCUUCCUGAUGGAGCAGCUGAGCGACCCGGACGGCUGGGUCCCCAUCUCUACGCUCUGCGCCUUCCCGCGGAUGCGCAAGCUGUGCCACCCGCAGCUGGCGGCGGUGGCACACGUGCUGUCGCACUCGCCGCGGCUGCAGGUGUCCGACGAUAAGUCGAGUGUGCGCGCCUCGCGACAGCCAGCCCGCUCCCCUGCGCGCGCGCUGCCGCCUGCGGUGGCGGCGGCGGCGCGCGCGGCAGUGGUUGCGGCGGUGACGAAGCUGCUCGGAGACGCGAGCCUGACCCUCGACGCCGAGGUGCGUCGCCGCGUGCGCGCCGCGUCUGCGCCGGGCGCACUCGAGGGUGGCGGGUGCGGCGCCAGGAUCCGGGUGGAGGAGCUGUGUGCGAUGCCGCAGCUGCAGCCACUCGCGGGGAUCGCGCGCCACGAGGCGGUCGCCGCCGCGCGCCACGAGCCGCUCGCCAACUUGUCUCCGCAGCAGCUGGUCGCGCUGCUGCCCCGGCCGGGCGAGUCGCCCCUCGUCUCCCUCUCGGCGGACGGCCUCUUCCUCGAGCGGCUAACUCCGUCGCCCGAGGCGAGGGGACUCGUGCCUCCACAGCCCGCGGGCGCCUCGCCGCCCGACGUGAGGAGCCUGAUGACGUUCAACCUGCUGGCCGACAUGCUGACGUACUGCGAGGCGUUCCCGCACGCCGAAGAGCGGCACCUCGCUUGGCCGCACCGGCUGGAGCUGCAGAUCGCAGAGAUCGAGCUGCACGCGCCGUCUGCGUGGCCUGCCGUGCAGAUCGGCAACGCGGUCUACUGGCGGCGGUCCGAGUUUGAGCUUCUCGAGCACGUGACAGUGCCAAUCAACAAGGUGUGCUCUAGCAUGUGCAGUGAUGUCACAUCAUGUGUCAUGUGCAAUGAGCACGUGCCGGCGCACGCCGCCUUCUCCGCGGCGUGCGAGCUCGCGGCGAGACACGGCGGCUGCGGCGUGGUGGCAGGCUGCGACCUAAACUCGAUCCCCGGCUCGGGCGUGCACCGCCUCCUCACCUCCGGCUCGCUGCCGCACUCGCACCCGCACAUGGCCGCCGCCAUCGUCGCGGAGCACGUCGCUUUCCCGUCGCUCGGCCCUCCGCCUCCCUCCGACUCUGCCUGCGGCGGCGAGAGAGCCGUCACGCUGCCCCGCGCCUUCACCUCCGCCUACGCCGCCGUGCUCGGGGACGAGCCUCUCUUCACAAACUUCACCGGCCCGCAGCGCCCGCCGUGUCAGUUCGUCGGCACGCUCGACUACGUGCUCUGCUCGUCGCACCUCGCGCCCGCCCGCGUGCUGCAGCUGCCCUCCGAGGACACCGUCCGCCUCGGCCGCUUCCUCCCCUCGGAGCGCUUCCCCUCGGACCACCUCCCUCUCCUCGCGCACCUGAACUUCGCGCAGGGAGCGCCGGCGGGGGCCGCUUCCGCCGCCGACGUCGCCUCGCCGCGCUCCGCGACGGCGGCGAUGCUUGGCGAGCGGCUCACGCUGAGCACGCAGCUCGAGCGCCGGUCCGUCGAGGCGCCCGAGGACUACCGCUCCUCGGCCUCGCUCGUGCGGCAGGCCUCCUUCCACAAGCCGAUCGCCGCGCUGCCCCACGGCUUCUCGGAGCGGACCGACGUCACCAGCGAGUCCUCCGCACGCUCGACUCCGGAGGGGUCGCCCAACUUGCGCGCGGCGGCGGCGCGCCAGCUGAUGCCGCCUCCGGGCGCGGUCUCGCCAAAGCGAAAGGCGGCGGGGAGCGACGUCGACCGGCCACGCAGCGCGGGUGAGAGCAAUGGCCAAUGCUAG